CAGGUACAAAUAGCGAGGAAGGCUUCUGUCUUCCUCUACUUUGCCAAAGACUUCGUCACAACUCAGAACCUAACAGAAGUACUACGAUAUGAUUUGGUGUCUUCUUCUUGUUGCUCUGGCAGCGCGCGGAGACGCGUGGCUGUUCAGCUGCAGCUCCUCAGAUUUCCAGUGCGCUAACGGGAACUGAAUCCCCGCCAGCUGGGAGUGCGACGGAGACCGCGACUGCUCGGACGGGUCGGACGAGGCCAGCUGCAGCGGUGGAACCUGCCAGCAAGGCGUGCAUUUCUUUUGCGCUAACGGCCAGUACUGUAUCGACUCUGCCUGGAUCUGCGAUGGAGACAACGACUGUGGGGAUAUGUCUGAUGAACAGAACUGUGGAGGCGGCGGCACCACCGACCCCACCGUGCCCAUCACGUCCUUUGACGGGGACUGUGGAGAGCCGGCCAUCGCCCCUCAGAACGUGCGCGUGGUGGGCGGUGUGCAGGCCGUGCAGGGCUCCUGGCCGUGGCAGGCCAGCCUGAAGCUGUGCGGCGGUCACGUCUGCGGAGGACAAAUCAUCGCGCCCAACUGGAUCGUCACCGCCGCUCACUGUGUCGACGGACAGAGCAACCCCAGCUCGUGGCGUGUGUCCCUGGGCUCCCACCGCAGAACCACCACAGACUCCACCCAGCAGGACUUCAACGUCGUCAGGGUCAUCAUACAUGAGAACUUUGACUCUAGGCAGAUGAAUAACGAUGUUGCUCUGAUGAAGCUCAGCGGAAACGCCCAGUACAACAACUACGUCAGCCCGAUCUGCCUGCCUACCCAGGACGUACCUGCUGACACCCCCUGUGUUACUACCGGAUGGGGAGAUACUGGCUCCGGAGCGUCUACCUACCUGAUGCAGGUCACCGUGCCCAUCAUGGAGUGGAACAAGUGUAACAGCGCCCAGUACAUGAACGGAGCUAUCACCGACAAGAUGAUCUGCGCCGGGUACGAUCAGGGCGGCAAGGAUACCUGCCAGGGUGACUCCGGCGGCCCUCUGGUCUGUAACUACAGCGGGAAGUGGACCCUGGACGGAAUCGUGUCCUGGGGAUACGGCUGUGCGCAGGCGUACAGGCCCGGCAUCUACACCCGCGUCACUCAGUUCGUCAGCUGGAUCAACAACAAGAUGGCGACCAACUAGACUGAGCAUAGCAGCCGGUUCAGUAACAUCUAACGUGACGAAUCUAGCUCUUAAGCAGCUUAUUCAGUAACAUGUAACGUGGCGAAUCUUUAGCCCUGUCACACCGACAUAUAAUAUG